GAUUUGUUGCAACACAGAGAGAACCUAACGACACUUCUCCUUGUACUGACUUAUUAUUUUGGUUUUUGUUGAUUAGUAUAAGCUCCUUGGAGGAAUGAGCCUUCGUGAUCAUGCUCUACGAGUUAUGGGUUUUGUUUAGUAAAGGUUUAAGGUAAAGUUCUCUUCAACUGGUUAGUGUAAUGUAAGAGAUCAUUUCAGUGUUAGGUGAGCCGAAGAAAACCUUCCCAUCAUGGGUCAGCGCCUGAGCGAGGACAGUGACCCGGACAAGGAGAUCGAUGUGGCCGAGCUGCAGGAAUGGUACAAAAAAUUUGUUGUGGAGUGUCCGAGUGGAACGCUGUUCAUGCACGAGUUCAAGAGUUUUUUUGGUGUCACUCAUAACAAGGAGGCCGCAGAUUACAUCGAGAACAUGUUUCGAGCCUUUGACAAGAACGGCGACAACACCAUUGAUUUUCUGGAGUACGUGGCAGCGUUGAACUUAGUCCUGAGAGGAAAACUGGAGCAUAAACUUAAAUGGACGUUCAAAAUGUACGACAAAGAUGGGAGUGGAUGCAUCGAUAAAACAGAACUUCUUGAAAUUGUUGAGUCCAUUUACCGGCUAAAGAAAGCCUGCCAUGGAGAGCUGGAUGACGAAUGUAACCUGCUGACUCCAGACCAAGUGGUUGAGCGGAUAUUUGAGUUGGUCGAUGAAAACGGAGAUGGUGAGCUCUCACUGGAUGAGUUCAUAGACGGAGCACGAAGAGACAAGUGGGUGAUGAAGAUGCUGCAGAUGGACGUGAACCCUGGGGAUUGGCUCAACGAGCGAAGACGCAGCGCUGACUUCUAAGACUGACUCGUUCAAAGGAUGUGUGAUUGUUCACCU